GUUGCUUGCGAUCCAGGUUUGGAUCGCUCACACAAGCCAAUAUCAGUGCCCGGCGUGGUUAAGGAACAUGUCACGGCAUAGGCUCCCUGCCCAAUACCGUUACAUCCUUUUCUCAGUUUCCCCACCUCAUUCCAACAUCCUGACCAUCAGGAAGGGUAUCCAAGAUUCUCUAGCCCAAACAUUUGGUAUCACGCGCUCGGGAACACAUGUGGACAUACUAUGGACCGCUGAGGAUUUCUCAGAGGUCCUCAUCCGCACGGACCCAGCGGAGUCACCGAGCGUACUAGCGGCGGUCGUGUCCUCAACCGCGUCGCCCAGGCUUUCCGUGAUCAAGGAAUCGGACUUCCUGCCCUGCCUUCUCUCACGCAGGACUCUCGUUUCUUUACGGGAUGAGCCAACGCCCUCUCGAUGAUUGAUGGAAUGCCGCGAUCACAAGUUCCUCCCACAGGCAGGCAUGCGCUCCUAUCCCCAGCGGUCUAUGUACAUUGCCCUGCCCGAGUUACAUACAUACACCCGGGGACAAUAAGGUCCCGAUAACAAAGUGCUAAUUUAGCUUUGAAAACCGGCCUAGCAGGUGGAAGCAAUCUGUUAUCCCGG